AUGGCAGACUUGGACUUGCAAGAUAUCCACGACACCCUCGUGUCGAUCGCCUUUGAUGCUGGACGUAUGAUCCUCUCGGCGAACCCUAGCGAUAUUGAUCAGGGGACCAAGCUUAAUUCCGCCGACAUCGUGACAGAAUGCGACAAGGCCGUCGAGGCGCACGUGUCGACGACGCUGCGGGCCAAGUACCCGACGUAUGCCUUCAUGGGCGAGGAGACGUACCAGCCGGGCCAGAAGCUGGGCGACGAGCCGACCUUCAUCGUCGACCCCAUUGACGGCACCACCAACUUUGUCCACGGGUUCCCGCACGCCUGCAUCUCGCUCGGCUUCGCCGCCGGCCGCGUCCCGACCGUUGGCGUCGUCUAUAACCCUUACCUCGACACGCUGUACACGGCCAUCCGCGGCCGCGGCGCCCACAUGACGGUCGGCCGGUCCUGGGGUUUGGGUGAGGGCGGCAAGGGGAAAGUCAGCAAGCUGCCGUUGGCCAAGACGCCCGCCCCCCUCGGCGCCCUGGACACGGCGCUGCUGGCUGUAGAGUGGGGCAGCAGCCGCGACGACGACAACUUUGAGCUCAAGGCCGAAGUGUUUCGGAAGCUGUGCCUGGCCAAGACCAAGGGCGGCGCCAUGGUGCACUCGCUGCGGUCUCUGGGCAGUGCGGCCCUGAACCUGUGCGCCGUGGCCGCCGGCCAGCUCGACCUCUACUGGGAAGGUGGUUGUUGGGCUUGGGACGUCUGCGCCGCCUGGACCAUUCUCCACGAGGCAGGCGGCCUCAUGGUGUCGGGCAACCCGGGCAACUGGAAACCCGAGAUUGACGAGAGAAAGUAUCUGGCCGUCCGCGGCGCGCCCUCGGGCCAAAAGGAGAUUGUCGAGGAGAUGUGGGCCAUCAUUGGGGACAAGAAGAUGGACUAUACCAGCUAA